AUGUCGGCGACACCCGCUCCGCCCGAGGAUCAGGCGCGGCUGCUUGAGGAUGCCUUGAUUGCGGUGCGCCAGCAGACUGUGCUCAUGCGCAAAUGUCUGGAUACCCCAGGAAAGCUCAUGGAUGCGCUCAAGUGCUGCUCGACCCUGGUAUCAGAGCUUCGAACGAGCAGUUUGGGACCCAAGCAGUACUACGAGCUUUACAUGUCCGUCUUUGAUGCUUUGCGAUAUCUGUCUGUCCACCUCCGCGAGAACCACCCACACAACCACCUUGCCGAUCUCUACGAGCUUGUCCAAUAUGCUGGCAACAUCAUUCCCCGCCUGUACCUCAUGAUUACCGUAGGCACUGCCUACAUGGCGAUUCCCGAGGCUCCGGUCAAGGAGCUCAUGAAAGAUAUGAUGGACAUGAGCAGAGGAGUCCAGCACCCGAUUCGUGGCCUUUUCUUGAGGUACUAUCUGUCUGGCCAAGCAAGAGACUACCUUCCGACCGGCGAGGGUGACGGACCCGAGGGCAACCUACAAGACUCCAUCAGCUUUGUCUUGACCAACUUUGUCGAGAUGAACAAGCUCUGGGUGCGACUUCAACACCAAGGCCACUCGAGAGAUCGAGAACAGCGAACGCGCGAGCGCAGAGAGUUGCAGCUCUUGGUGGGUAGCAACAUUGUCCGGCUGAGCCAAUUGGUAGAUCUCGAGACCUACAGCAAUGGCAUUCUUGGACCUUUGCUCGAGCAGGUCGUCCAAUGCCGUGAUGUCCUAGCUCAAGAGUACCUUUUGGAAAUCAUUACCCAGGUCUUCCCUGACGAAUUCCAUUUACAUACUCUGGAUCAGUUCUUGGCUGCAGUGUCCCGGCUCAACCCCCAUGUGAAUGUCAAGGCCAUUGUGAUUGGUCUAAUGGACCGCCUCUCGGCAUAUGCUGAGCGCGAGUCUCAGGCAGAGGCAAGCGACGAUCGCGGCAAGUUGGAGGAAGAGGCUUUGGCAGAACUGCUUGAGAAGAUUCGACUCGGAAAGGAGCAGCAAGAGACAAAGCCACCGGCCGCAGAACCUUCGGAAGAUACCAAUGGCGAUGAGCCUCAAAAUGGCGAUAGCUCAGAAGCACCAGCCAGUGAGAGCUCUGAGACAGCCCCCGAGGCAGCGCCGUCCGUCGCCGAGACAGAGUCUACCGCUGUAGAAACAGACGGAGAGCAAGCUGCAACGUCCCCAAAGAAGGAGCGUGGCAUUCCAAAGGAUGUCAAAUUGUACGAGAUCUUUUUCGAGCAGGUCAACAACCUCGUGGCAGUACAGCACCUUGCCAUACAGGACACCAUUGCUCUAUUGGUAUCUUUGACGAAUUUGGCCCUGAAUAUUUACCCCAAUCGCCUGGACUAUGUAGAUCAGAUCCUCGAAUACGCAAACCGCAAAGUCCGAGAGCAUGCAAACAGCGCUGAUCUACACUCGCCGCCUGCGCAACAAAGCCUGUUGGCUCUGCUACAGGCACCUCUCAAGAGAUACGUUUCCAUCUUUACAGCACUAUCACUUCCGACAUACGUGCCAUUGUUCCAGUCGCAAACCUACCCAACCCGCAGGGCAGUAGCUGGCGAGGUUGCAAGAACGCUACUACGAGAUCAUACUCUCAUCUCUACUCCAUCUCAGCUAGAAAAUGUUCUAGAGAUUCUAAAAGUCCUCGUCAAGGAGGGUUCUCAGCCGCCAGCUGGCUAUCCCGGUGGCCCACAACGGCGGGUUGUGGAAACCGAUGAAACGAUUGAGGAGCAGGGCUGGCUUGCACGACUCGUUCACCUGGUGCAAAGCGACGACAAUGAUACCCAGUUUAAGCUGCUGCAAAUGGUGCGCAAAUCGUAUGCUGAAGGUGGUGAGCGCAUCCGUACAACCACACCGCCAAUCAUUACAGCUGGCAUGAAGCUGGCUAGAAAGUUCAAGGCUCGAGAGCACUAUGAUGACAAUUGGGAGACACAGUCGUCUGCUCUCUUCAAGUUUAUGCAUUCCGCCAUAUCAGCACUGUACGCCCGCGUAAAUGGAUCAGGAACGGCCGAGUUGGCCUUGCGACUGUUCACUGCCUGUGGACAAACUGCCGAUAUUGUUGGUUUUGAGGAGGUGGCCUAUGAGUUCUUUGCCCAAGCCUUUACCGUCUACGAAGAAGCGAUUAGCGACUCCAAGGCCCAGUUCCAAGCAGUCUGUGUGGUCGCCAGCGCCCUCCACCAGACGAGAAACUUUGGCCGUGAAAACUACGACACUCUUAUUACCAAGUGUGCCCUCCAUGGCAGCAAGCUGUUGCGCAAGCCCGAUCAGUGCCGUGCUGUCUACCUUGCCAGUCAUCUUUGGUGGGCCACGCCUAUUGCAGCCACCGAGGAGUCAGAGGAGGGACUUUACCGCGAUGGAAAGCGUGUGCUGGAGUGUCUGCAGAGAGCGCUGCGGGUAGCCGAUAGCUGCAUGGAACAAGCUGCUUCUAUUGAACUCUUUGUCGAGAUCCUAGACCGUUAUGCAUACUAUUUCGAGCAGCAAAACGAGUCGGUUACCACAAAAUACCUCAAUGGUCUCAUUGAGCUCAUCCACUCGAAUCUGAGCACAAACCAACAGGAUUCAGCCAGCGUAGAGAGCAGCAAGAAGCACUUUAAGCAGACGCUAGACAAUAUAGCUAGCAGGGGAUGGGAAGGUGUUGUGUUAUACCCGCAGAAAUGA